AUGCACCGGCUGUGCCUGCUGCUCGGGGCAGCCGCGCUCUGCGCCGCCCAGUACGACAACAUCGAGUCACGCUCGGUCGCCUACCCGAGCAAAUCAAGCCUGGGCCAACUGUACAGUAGCUUCGGUGGCUCGCCCGGCUACCGCGACAACAGCUACGAGGACAACGCCGUGACGCCUUCGCCCACGCCGAUCUACCGACCCACUGGACAAACGGUCUACAGAAAACCGACGAUCGACGCGUCCCGGGAGUACCAGACGCCCGUGAGGCUAACCCAACAGCAGCGAGAGCAAAUCCGCGGCGGCCGACCCCAACAGUUCACAAAGAACGGAAAGCUCGAAGAGGAGCUGGAAGAGGAAAAGGACGAACCCGACCGGUUGAGCUUGCUGCUGCCCCAGAGCAAGUUCGACUGCGUUGGCAAACAGACCGGCUACUACGCCGACGAGGAGCUCAACUGCGAGGUCUUCCACUACUGCCAGGACAAUGCCAGGCACUCCUGGAUCUGCCCUGAGGGCUUCACCUUCCAUCAGGUCCACCUGAUUUGCAUGCCACCGAACGGGGACAUAAACUGCAAGAAGAGCUCGCAGUACCACUUUGUUAACGAGUACCUGUACAAGCCGCUCAACCUCGACGAGGCCGAGAGCAAGCCCAACGUCACGCUGCGGUACAGCGAGAGGUACUUCCCGUCCGACAUUUACACGGACGAGCGAGAGAGCGGGGAGUACCGGUCAAGCUCGCCUGUUCGCCGACCGGUGUACGUGGCCCAGCACGCCAUCCCGACGAUCAACAGUAUACCGAGUGGAGGCCGUCCACAGCCCUCGGCUUCGACGCCGCAGUACCGCCUCCCCGUGAACCAGGUGUUCCGCAGUCCCGAGGAGGUCAACAUACCCUUGCAGCAGAGACGACCGCAGAUACAGCCGCCCCAGGCCCUCAGGAGGUUCCCCGGGGUCCGGCCCGAGGAGGAGGACUACUAG